UAGACAGUAGACAGACACACAGAGAGAAUACAGUUGUGGCAGGACUGGACCGGUAACGCAGAAUGGCUCAGAACGGAACAACAGAGAACGGGGUGACCGGGGCGAAUGGCGAUGGGAGCCCUCCCAUGCCUUUUCCCCAGCCCGUCAAAGUGCAAGAGAUACGCCACACCAAGAUUUUUAUCAACAAUGAGUGGCACACCUCUCUCAAAGGAAAGACGUUUCAGACCUUCAAUCCUGCAACAGGUGUCAAAAUCUGUGAAGUGGAAGAAGCAGACAAAGCAGAUGUGGACAAGGCUGUUAAGGCUGCCAGAGCGGCCAGCCAGAGGGGCUCGCCGUGGCGAAGGAUGGACGUGUCAAGCCGGGGGCGACUCCUGCACAAGCUCGCUGACCUGAUGGAGAGGGACCGGGCACUGCUAGCGACUAUGGAGACUAUAGACACUGGGAAGCCAUUCCUUCAUUCUUUCUUCAUUGAUCUGGACGGCAGCAUCAAAACCCUUAGAUACUAUGCCGGUUGGGCCGACAAGAUACAUGGCAAAACCAUGCCUGUAGAUGACACGUUCAUGUGUUUCACCAGACAUGAGCCCGUAGGUGUGUGUGGAGCCAUCAUCCCAUGGAACUUCCCCCUGCUGAUGUUCAUGUGGAAGGUGGCCCCGGCGCUGUGCUGUGGUAACACUGUGGUCAUCAAGCCAGCCGAGCAGACCCCUCUCACAGCCCUGCACGUAGGAUCUCUCAUCAAAGAGGCCGGUUUCCCCCCCGGAGUGGUGAACAUCGUGCCAGGGUUCGGCCCCACAGCAGGUGCAGCCAUUGCUAGCCACAUGGGCAUCGACAAAGUGGCGUUCACGGGUUCUACAGAGGUAGGCCAGUUGAUCAAAGAGGCCGCAGCAAAGAGUAAUCUGAAAAGAGUGACCCUGGAGCUGGGUGGGAAGAACCCCUGCAUUGUCUUUGCUGACUCGGACUUGCAGUUGGCAGUGGAGGAGACCCAAAAGGGAGCCUUCUUCAACCAGGGCCAGUGCUGCACGGCCGCGUCGCGUGUCUUCGUGGAGGAACAGGUCUAUGAGGAGUUUGUACGCCGCAGCGUCGAGAGUGCCAAGAGUAUCGUCAUAGGAGACCCCCUGGACCCACGUACAUCACAUGGACCACAGAUUGACCAGAAGCAGUUUGAUAAGAUACUGGAGUUGAUUGACAGCGGGAAGAAGGAGGGAGCCAAACUGGAGUGUGGGGGCGUGGCCAUGGAGGACACAGGCCUCUACAUCCAGCCCACCGUAUUCUCCCAUGUCAAGGACCACAUGCGCAUCGCCAAGGAAGAGAUCUUCGGCCCGGUCCAGUGUAUAUUCCGAUUCAAGAGCCAGCAGGAGGCCAUAGAGAGAGCCAACAGUACGGAGUACGGCUUGGCUUCUGCCGUGUUCACACGCAAUCUGGACCGGGCUCUCUCUGUGUCUGCCGCCCUGGAGACUGGCACUGUCUGGGUAAACUGCUAUAACGCCCUCCAUGCCCAGGCACCAUUCGGAGGAUACAAAAUGUCAGGCAAUGGACGAGAGCUGGGUGAGUAUGCAUUGGCAGAGUACUCUGAGGUGAAAGCUGUGACCAUCAAACUGACUGAGGCACUGUGAGGGACACAGGAGAGACCACAAACCACUACUAGAGCCCAGCCCAGCACUACUCUGUCAUCAACUCAGGCUGUGUCCCAACACUCUGAAGCCACUCCCUUUCAUCAUCUUCUUGUCUCCUUUCAUUUAUCACCUUUGGUCAUAAAGAGUUUGAUUUGUGCGUUUGCUGUGCUCAAAUCCUAUUCAACGCCUAUUUCACCUAUCACUCAAAGUCAUAAGGUGAAAAAGCCAAGGAAAGGACGCCAUCGAAGGGUGUUGGGACACUGGAGUGGCUUGAAGUGGCUUUCUUUCCUUGGCAAAUUAAAGGAAACAAGGUAGAGGUGGCCAAUCUGGAAGUGAAUUGGGACGCAGCAAAACCCUAUUAGCGUUUCAGACCCUCCCACAGCUCUAUUGCUCCAGGGAUGUAUUCAUAGGAACCAAUUGGAAGCAAAUGGGACGAAAUGGGAGGGACCUACCUGAAUUUGUCCAAUAGAAAUUGCUACGGUUCGCAACACUUUACACUAGUGAAUACACCCCAGCCUUUUACAAUACCACAGCACUUCAGAGCUUCACUAAUAAUAACAAAUAAAAAAAUGUGUUUCUUAAUUUGGGGUUUUCUGAUAUGAAUGUUCUUCUCUCAUUUUGAGGAGCAUUUUCUCCCUUUUCAAAUGGUGGAAUGAAUUUUAAUUCCCGUUCCAAACAAGGUAACGUUUACCUCUAUUUUUAACUUUCUAAUGCCCAGAAGAAAGACAUGUUUUUAAUCCACUACAAUAACAAUAUAUAGGUCUAGUACUGUACUAGCAAACCUUAACUGGCAUUUUAACACUUUUAAACACUUUACAUUGCAUUGCAUUUGGAUCUGUGUACAAUAUCUUUCAGAGUUGCUCAUCUAUAAGGUCUUGACCAGCGUGGCAACAUUCUGCUAACUUUACUACAAUUCCCAGGUUUCACAGAAAUACUGGUCAGAUUCAGGGAUUGAUGGAAAACCUGGGAAUUGUCUGAAAGUGAACAGAAUUUUGCAGCACUAGUCUUGACUCCUGAGUACUGUUAUUAACAUAUUGUUAUGUCUUGGGUGACGAUACCCCUGAUGAUUUUUGUAUGCUUUGUGGUUUUAUUGAACUAAAUGUAGGAAGUUUUGCAAAUGGUUUGAUGUAAUGUAUUUCUUUGCAAUACAUAUGGGGCUGGUUUCCCAAACUAAAACAACAUUUCAAUGGAGAUUCUCAUUUGAGAUUUGUGUUUAAUCCAAGCACUCGGGUUAAUCUGUGUCUGGGAAACCGGAGCCUAAUUCCAUAAAGUAAAACCUGGGGCUUGUGUCCUAUUGGUGUUUUUAAUGGUAUAACAAUGCUACUGAAAACUGCCAUUAUGUUGAAAAUACAAGUCAUUUGGACUCCAGUAAUGUCUCCAAUGGGAGGUAAACCAUUCCUUGUCACAAUAUGCACCAUAUGUGAGAUGUUACAAUGUAUAACAAACCACAAGGAAACAAGUCAUUCUGUUUGUUUCAUUUGCUAGACUCUCACUUUUUAUAUGGAUAUUUAAAUACACAUUUUAAAUAAAAGGAAAUGGAAUGU